ACCAACAACAACGCUGCAAUGGCAUUCAAACAGGGCUUGCCCACGGCUUCGUCCAUUUACCAAAGGAACAAUAGUCGACGCUUGCAACAUAAUAACACCGCUGCUGCUGGUAUGCUGGGUGUAUUGGGUGGUGUUGGUGAAAAACCGUUAACAUUUUCCACAUCAAAAUCGACAACAGCAAAUAAUCAGCAUCAAUACACGAAUUACAAUUGCGACAACAACAAUAGAAAUAACAAUAGUUAUAAUGCUGCCACCAAUGCCGCCGUUGGUGCUGCCACCGCUGCCACUGCUGUCUCAAGCGCCUCCAAUGCCGUUGCUGCUAAUAAUACAACAAAGACAACUGUUACAGGCACCAUUCCCAAUUGUAGCGACAACAACAAUUACAGUUACAACAAAAAUUCAUGCAAUGCAACAACAACAACAACAACCAUUGACGACGACACUGACCACGACGACGAUCUGUUGAUGAUAACGCCCGAUAAUACAGCAACAGCAACAGCUACAACAACUAUUAAUUCAUAAACAGCAUAAAACUUAUAUUUGUGAGGACUCACAUAUAUAUGUAUAAUAAAUAAAAAUAAAAAUAUACAUACAUACUUACAUAUAUCUUAGCUAGUAAGGACUCUUAAAGCGAAGCGAAUCGAAGUGUUUAAUAUGUAUAAUGACACCAAACCAUUUGCUUGUAGACACAUAUACAUACAUACACAAAUGACGUGCGAAGUUGACUCCACAACAGAUUUUCACUUUUUAUUGCAAUUAAUGACUUAUUGGCGAAGAGGACGACGCAGUGGAAAAAGGAAAUAGAGUAGAAGGAAAUUCAAAAAAAAAAAAAAAAAAAAAAAAAAAAAU